GUUUGGUAUAGCAAAAAUUUUGAAUAGAAAAUGAAAAAUGAAAAGAAUUCAAUACAACAUAAAAUAAAAUAAAAGAGACGAGGAAAAGAAUGCAAAAAAAAAAACCGCCCGUUGUCAUGACAACACUUGUGCGUGGCCCAGGUAUUUACACUUGUUGCUAGAACCAUUAUCACUCAGUAUCCUCAAGUCAACCGUCUCGAAUAGGAUAUUACGAAUUGGUGAACGUUUAGGAACGUCGACUGAUCCGCAAUUGAACGAAUCAAGAUAUUUUUAUCCGGCAAAAAGGCAAAGUAAAAUAAUGAAGUGGUGCUGCAUCAGUAGUACCAUAGCAGCGAGGAUCAUAGCCAUGGUGGGACUGGCAACAACGAUCCUCAUGAUAAAUGUCUUGGUGAGUGAUUAUUUUUCGAGAAGUGAAGAAGAAUUCUUUGAGGCAAUUAAAAUGUGGGCCAUGGUAGGCCUUCAUUGGACGGAGAUCGUCAUGAUUACUCAAAUAGCAAACCAAGCCGGGAUCAUUCUCCUUCUCUUCCUAGGAUAUUCAGUGCUAUCCCUCAUUUGCAGUUCAUUUCUUGCAUUUGGAACAGUAUACAGACAUCCAAAGUGUACUAUCCCCUGGCUCCACCUACAACUAAUUAGCGUUCUUGAUCAGACAGUGGCAUUGACUUUUCACAUUCUCUAUGCCCCCAAGCCUUUACCUGGUAGCAAUCCUGAGCCAUUCAAUUGGAACGUACUAGCCUCCAGUAUUUAUUUACUUAUUACAAUAUAUUUUUGGGUAACUGUAUAUGCGGCCCGUGAAGAUUGGACUUUUCAUGUGCGGCCUGCUUCUCACGUUGUUUAUUACCAAGCAUCCGAUAAUAACCCGGAAAUAGACUCAAAUGUACCCAAGUCUCCCUCGUAUACGGGGCAUCUUAAUGCUCACGAGUGUGAAGCGCACACAUCAGCACAUAUUGACGUAGAACAAUAACUCCCUCUCUCAUUUAAUGUAUUCAUCUGAUUAGAGUAUUGUUCUGAAUUUCCAAGGCUCGUGACGUCUUCUGCUCUCUACUAUGAUUAUUUUAUAAUUAUCCUUUUGAGUGUAUCACAGUGCAUGGACCAAACGUAUUUUAUUUAAUCCCCGUUCCCUCAUCAAAGGAUAAUUUUUCAAUGACUGAUGUAAUAUACGUGCAUUGUAAACCAAAUACAAUAUGAUGACAAAUGAAA